GACUGCUGCCUGAACACCAACACCACUGUUGGUGUUGGUUGAGCCAACGAAGGCACACCGUCGCGUGCAUGUCGCGUGCAUUGUGGAGCAAUGAUAGUAAGCUGGCGUGACUGCUGCCUGAAAUAGACGAGCUUGAUCAUCACAGUGCAUCCCUGAACAAUAUCUUCAGGCAUAUAAGAAGGCGCCAUCGCCAGGUGAACGUUUCUGCAUUACCUAGGCAGACUUUGUGGAUCCUGCGACAACACGAAUCGAGACACAAGCACUUAUCAGAACACCAGAUAGGUCGAAGGCUGCGUGUUACCGCUGUACCUCGCAUUAGAAAGCACGCCUCGUAUCGGAGAGCAGCGUUGUAUCAACCUGCAUUUGGCUUGACGAUAUAUCGACCAUCAACCAAUUUCUCAAGAUAAAUUCGCAAGACCACCUGCUCUGACAACCGCCGUAGGCUGGCCUAUCAUGACGAACCUACCUGCUCCAAUGCUGCUCGAUCCUCAGAGUCACCUCGGUUUGAUUCCUGCGCUCGCACAAAUUCACUCUGACUGUGUCAUUUCCGAUGGCACGCUGGCCACUUUUCGUCCUGAUCCUACAACAGGAAAAAUGAACAUGCCUGCCCUGGAAGCCUUCUGGGAGAAGAUGAUAGCGGAAGUAGUCAGCGGACAACGCGAGAUCGUUCUACAAUUCGCAUCUGCAUCCAGCGAGAAUGCCACCGGCGGACUCGAAUUGGCGGGCUACGCCAGUCUUUAUAUGCCCUUCUCAGAAACGGGUCCUUUCCGGUCUUUUGUCGAGAAAUUAAUGGUCAGUCCGAGGCACAGGAGAAAAGGCAUCGCACGCCGAGUGAUGCAACGGAUAGAGGAGGUCGCCGAAGAACGGAACAGAGGAUUGGUUAUACUUGACACAGUGAUCGGAUCAGAGGCUGCACAUGUCUACCCACGCCUUGGGUAUACUGAAUUUGGAAGACUUCCCAGAUAUGGCAUUUCGCCGAUCGACGGCAGCUUGGUUGACGAAAUCUUCUACUUUAAAGAUUUAAGAAAAGCGUAGCCGAAUCUAAACUUCAUCUAAACUUUCCUCUAACCA